CGUUUUAAUAUUCAAAUUUUUCGAGUUGGCAACACUUUAACGAAGACGCCACGUUCGAUACAAGACAGAUGUAAACAUAUGCGAGAUGGAGAAUGAACAGAAUUUACCUAUAGAUAUACACACUAAUAAAUUAUUAGAAUGGCUUAUAAGCAGAAGACAUUGCCAGAAAGACUGGCAACAGUCUGCUUUUCUUAUCAGAGAAAAAAUCAGUAAUGCGAUUCAAGACAUGCCAGCAACUGAGGAAAUAACAAAGUUAUUAUUAGGGUCUUAUAUAAAUUAUUUUCAUUGCAUCCAAAUAAUAGAGUUAUUGAAAACUACUGAAGCUAGUACUAAAAAUAUAUUCGGGCAAUAUUCAUCACAGCGCAUGAAGGACUGGCAAGAAAUUGUGCGUCUGUAUGAGAAAGAUAAUGUAUAUUUAGCCGAAGCUGCUCAGAUGUUAAUUAGGAAUGUGAAUUAUGAAGUUCCUUUUAUGAAAAGACAAAUUUUGAAAUGUCAACAGUUACAAGAGGCAUACAUAAAGAAAGAAUUAGAUUUUACUAAAAAUGCCAACGAAAUUAAAGAGAAGUUUCAACUUACCUGUAAAGAAAUUGGGAUUGAAGGGAAUGAUAUCCGUAAAGAACUGAUUCAGCUGUUAGAUGAACUGCCAAAAGUUUUCUCGGAAAUAGUCAAGAAGUGCGAUAGUUUGAAACCUGCCGUGCAAUUUUAUAUAACAUUUUUGGAAUUUACUUUAAACAGAGACAAUCUGAAAAACGAAUACGUAACCCUUUUAAGUCAUAUUAUCGAAAAAGGAAACACGACGACUUACGAAUGGAGGACCGGAGAGACUCCAGAGAUUGUGGAAGAGCCAAAAUUAGAUUUAACUCUUCCGGGAGAUAUUCAUAGUGAUACAGAUGAUCAGAUUGAUUUUGGUGAUUCGGGAAGUGCCAUUGACUUCGGCGAUGAUAGCUCUUCGAGUCCGAAUGGGGAUUACGUCCACGUGGAUAAGAUUGAUUUUGGUGAAUUUGAAGAAAAUAAUGAUAUUAAAUGGGAAAUAAUGUCAGAUACAUCUAAGUCAAAUGUUGAAUCUAUUCAAGGCGAAGGUGGAAAAGUUGCUAGAGGAGAUGAUGCUCUUAGUAUAUUGGAUAAUCCGACGACAAGGAAUAAUUUUUUGAAUGAAUUAAUGGAGCUGGAAGGAUUCUUACAACAGAGACUUGUAGAGAUGUCAAGUUCUGAAGAUGUUCUGUUGGCAAACCAGUUUCAUUCGGCUCCUUCGAUCGUUCAGUUACAAACUACAGGAGAUAUUCAGGAAAUGCUCUCUAAUGUCAGACAUAUCAUAUCCGAAAUGUCGACCGUAAAGUUGCAGCAUUUAUAUCUGAUAAAAAGUUCACCUAAGUACGUGGAACGAUUGACGGAUUUACUAAAACAGAAACUUGCUCUCGUAAAUAAAAUGAUGGAAUCUCAAGCCAAUGUGAUUCUUAAAAGGCAAGAAAUGCUUUCCGAACAGAAAGAACUCGAACCGAAAUUGUGUCUUAUUAUAGAAAAGACAAAAGAGCUACAAAAACAGAUUGAAGGAGAAAUUUCAAAACGUUACAAGAAUCGGCCCGUAAAUAUAAUGGGAGGAAUCAAUGUUAUGUGAAGUAUUAAUAUUUGAAUUUGCCUUGAUAUUUUUGUUAUAAAUAAAUAUAUUUUGGUUACUGUUGGAAAAAAUAUAUUUGUAUAGACUAAUUGUGGAAAAAAUAUUUUCUCACUUUCAAGUUGAUUGUGGUGCAAGAAAUCAAAUAUUCAAAAUUUGAAAUUGUGGUUGAUAAAAAGAAAUAUUUUAAUUAAUUAAUUUGUUUACAGCACUAAAAAAUUAUUCCUUAUUUAUUAUUGUCAAAAUGGUAGUGCAAAGAAUGCAACUGAUGAAAGCCAGAAAGGUACUCUACAUUAGUAUAAAUAGAUUUAUAUUUAUUUGAUAUUUACACAGAAAUAGCAAAAGAAAAGUGAUCAUUAACCAAAAUAAUAACCAAUACGAUGACCCUUCCAUUCAAAAAUUACAGUUAAAUAUAACAGCAUGUUGUUAUUAUUUAUGUUCAUGUUACCAUCCAAACCCGAUUUCAGGCCAAACUAGUUUAUCCUACGCGUGUCAGGAUAUACUAGCUUAGCCUAGGACAAUCUAGUUUGGCCUAGGUUGAACUGAUUUAGAAUUAUUAUUUAAGUCGGGCUUGGCCAACCCAAAUUGUUUCGCGGGCCACUUUGAUCAUGCGUAACAUUACAAUGGGCCACAAUUUAGGCAAAUAUACUUUUAAAAAAGUAAAACAAAUACAAAAUGAAUAAGAUUUCAUUGUUAUACCAAGA